AUGAAGGUGGACGUGUCAACGUGCGCUCUCGAGAUGCCCCCCCACCUGGGGGGACUGAUUGCCAGCUUCGGCCCGAUGUUGGAGUUCCGGGUCACGUAUACCGGGUCACGGGCGACCGUGACUUUGGUGUAUGGUGACCCGCCUCCACAGAAACGGAAAGGGGGGACUGGAAGAGGAAGAAGAAGGAAGAAACCGGUGCCAGGGAAGGCCCAGGGGGGGACAAAGCUGGUGGCUCAACCGCCAGUGGCGCUCCCUCCUGUGAUACCGCCCCCACCGAGUCCUCCGGAGAGGAAGCAACCACUUGUGGAGCCCGCAUCCCCGGAACGGCCGUACACCACCCAGGAGAUCGUCAGAUUCAAACGGACGAGUGUGCCACCACCUACUUCAACCUCCACCCCAAAGACGACGACUCCGGUGAAGCGGUCAACAACGACCGUUCCCGUCGAGUCGCCACUUGGACUUGUUGUUCCGGCGACAAAAAGGAAGGCAACAUCACCGACCACCCAGCCAGCCAAGACCAAGCCGCCGCCGGAAUCCGCUCCCCCUGUUGACGACGAAUGGACCAUUGCCAUCAGUGGACUUCGUCGUCAUCUCCAUCAGUACAUACAGGGGGACACGCAGAAACCAGAACUACUUCGGGAGGUUUUUUGA